AUGAGGUAUCCUGUGGAUAUUUUAACCGGUGGAGAGUGGGAUGUGGUAAAGCAAUCAUCAGAGGCUUACCUGUCGAGACUUCGUGAGAGAGAGCGGGAAUCCAGUGGGUGGUUUACGCUGGCCAAUGGAGAGAAGGUUGCUGUGAGACUGUCCUCUCUGGUCUUUCUGCAGGUACAUAGGGAGCACAAAGGGCACUGUGUCCUGGGUCUGGCCAGCUCUCAGACAGUGGUAGCUGUACACCUGGCUGGGCGAUGGUGGUCCGUGGACGAUGCUGUGAAGACCAGCGACAUGACAAGGCAGGAGCUGGUCCAGGUGCAGUCAGUUGGUGAACGGAUUGUGCUGUAUCUCCUCAAUCAGAUAAUUUAUGGAAAGUGGGAGUUUGAACCGGGCAGCAUUCCGUUUGUUCCUCAUCCUGAAAAGCAGCUCGCCAAAAUCUUCUGGAAAGACAGUGAGGCUGUCGGAUUCUACACCAUGAAUCGGAAAGGGAGUCUGUGUACGGACCACACCGGCCAGUGUUACCAGCUUCCUGUAUUGGACACUGUGUUUGUCAGACAGACUCACCGACGCCAGGGCAUUGGGUUGAAGAUCCUGCAGGAUUUCUGUAGCGCCUUCAGUGAUGACGAAGCUUUGGGAAUCAGCACGCCCAUCUCUGCCACCAUGUACAAAGUUUGUUCCAAGUAUUUGCAGACACGACCCCAGGAGCAGGCUCGCCUUUGGGAAGUGGAGGCUCCAGGGGACUGGAGCCAAAGGGUUAAUGUGUGGCUGCAGCUCCAGUUGGGAGAGAUACCCUUAGAGAACAGAACUGGAGGCAGUGCCUCCACAUGUCAGAGCCCAGCCAGAGAGGGUGACCCGGGCUCGAUAGAGGAGAGUAUUACUGGACAAUCACCUCAUCAGGCAGUCCAGAGUCUGCAGGUGCAGUUUUACGAGGCAUGUGUCCCUCCCAUUGGAGCCGUCUACCCCAAAGGGAAAAUCUGUUCCCCACCAGUUUGUGUCGCUCUCGCUCAGUAA